UCUUUUUCUAAAGAUAUUCAAAAUUCUCUUCAGAAAACUAAAAAUUUUACAGAACCUGAUUAUUCAGAAGGUUCUAAUUCUGAAAAUUUCAUUAAACACAGUCAUUAUAAAUAUUCUGCAAAAAUUAAUCAUUCUAAAAAACAACAUCUAAGAAUUAGAUAA